AGCUAGCAGAUGUUUAUCGAUUUGGUCGUGUGGUGAGCUCGAUGUCAGCAAGGGACUAACAUUAUUUCACUCCUUGUUUCACCUGCUCUUCGCGCAUGCGCUUGAUGUGUGGCACGCAUGCGUAGAGGCAGGUGAACAGGUGCAGUUGAAAUAUUGUUAACACAAUGAUAAUGAUUGUCCCUUUCUUUAUGAGCGGUUCGCUUGCAUUUAGGAACAUUAUGCACGUCAUGAGAGUACGCUUCACAUCUCUCUGACUGCAGUACGAGAUGAACCGGGAAACUCUGCUCAAUAAAAACUUUAGUCCAUCACUUGGACGAGUUUCAAGCUCGAACGGUAUUUCAUAUUCGAAUGCAGCGGCGUUAACCGCUUCACAAAGCGUGAAUGAAGCAACUUGGAUCCCGUCGUAUCGAGGAUCAAACUCGGUAAUAUAUAUUCGUCUGUACUGUGUAAUAUUAUUCAUAUAUCGUACGUUAUUCAUUCCCGCCUUUAUCUAACAUUAACGUUUUAUAUUUGCAGCUCACGUUCUCGUCACGAUCGCAAAGUUUGGUAAGUAAGUUUUAUUAUAAAUACAUAUAUACUGCUUAUUUGUCAGUGUACUUUGUCAUGUCAGAAAAUACUUGUUUGAAGUACUUCACUCAAUUGAGUUUCAUUCUUAUAGAUUCCUUCGAAUGUUUUCGAUACGUUUGAUGAUUCUCAUCUCCUGGGUGCUUCGCAAUCGUUAGAUCCAGCGAAAUAUCUGACGAAGAACCCAGCAGUAUCGAAAGCAAGCAGCUAUAUCGGUAUUCAUGGCUUACAUUCCAGUCACGGACAAGAUGCAAAUCAAUAUGACCCUCACGACAUUCUGGAUCAGAUCUCAGCAUCACUACAACCUUCAGUCUCAGAAAACUUUGAAAAAUCAUUCGAGAAAGCAUUUGAAAAUAACCCCUCUCCAGUGGGUUCACUGCAACCCCAACCCUCCCAUCAUGUUCUACAUGCAGCCAUGAGUCCUCAGACAGAAGAUAUGAACCCGAGGGAGCUGGAAUGGUUUGCAGAACGUUUCAAACAACGUCGCAUAAAACUCGGCGUAACACAAGCUGAUGUGGGAGCGGCAUUGGCCAACUUAAAGAUCCCUGGUGUUGGCUCUCUCAGCCAGUCAACUAUAUGUCGCUUUGAAUCUCUUACUCUGAGUCACAAUAACAUGAUGGCGUUAAAACCUGUCCUUACCGCUUGGUUAGAAGAAGCGGAGAAAGCAUAUCGAAGUAAGAACUAUAAAAGCGAGUUUCUGCCAAACUCGGAGAAAAAACGUAAACGAACAUCAAUCGGAGCGGCAGAGAAAAGAUCUCUUGAAGCUUACUUUGCAAUGAAUGCAAGGCCAUCGAGUGAUAAAAUUUCGUCUAUUGCAGACAAACUUGAUUUAUCGAAAAACGUUGUACGUGUUUGGUUUUGUAACCAAAGACAGAAAAAGAAAAGAAUGAAAUUCUCGGUUCAUUGACUUCAAAAACACACACACACACAAGUUCCAAUAACUCGCAGAGUGCGGGAGUCUGGGGGAAUUCGAAAAAGUAUUACACUGAAACUCCAGCAGUUAUAGCAAAGCCCUGAAUUACAGCACUAAGCUUUUGGUAAUCUAAGUUUAAAAUUGAGAAAUGGGAAAUUAAGCCCAAUAUUGUUUAGGCAAGGUUAAAAUUAUGAAAAGAAGUUUGCAACACAAAACAAAUAGUUGAAAAGAAAAUUGGAGUGAUAAUUAGAUGAACUAACAGCGCUUGCCUGAUGUUAUCGCGAUGAAAAUAUUAUCAAGCUCUGAUAUAGUCGUAUUCGAUGCUUAUUCAAUAUCGACCAGCUCGAUUGUUUCGCUAGUUAAAUAGCCCCUGUCCAUUCUCGUAUCUAAAUUUUUCGUCAACAAUUUCUGCGUAUGCUUUGCCAAAACAUUAUAACUUUCAUGGCUUUGUUUUUCACCUGGGUUGUAGAGAAUGAUUAUUGAACAUCUGUGCAUGAGUGACGCCUUGGCAUGCAAGGCAAAUGAAUUGUGAGUCAAAGACAUUCAAGCAAAACAACGAUCCAUGUAUUGUUAAUAUUACUGAAUUAUAGAGUGAAUUAAUAUAUAGCAAGAAAGUGUAACUUAUAUUUUAAUAUAUUUCAAAAAUUUUUACCGACAUUUGUAAAUUAAUUUGAGAAAGCCCAAAUUUUGCACGUUAAUAGUAAUACAAUAAUCCGAGCGUCUGUUUGCAAAUGAGUUGACAUUGGGGCUAUAGAGAAUAGUAUACAUAAGUGUAUAUAUAUCGUAGAUUUGGACUAGCAGUCUACGGAAAAAUUUAGGAUAUCUUAAAUAAAUAAAAUUGUUUUAAAC